AUGUCUUUUGUUGGAGGAGGAGCUGAUUGCUCAGCUAAUGGAAAUGUGAUAUCGCAGUUUAAUAAACAUACUCAACAAGAUAGAUCACUACAAAGGCAGUCGGCAGCACAACCAGGGUUUUCUCAAGUCAACAGGUUUAAAAAUGAUGCGACCAUGUCAUCUAAUGAGAGAAAACAGAUGGAACAAUUCAUGGGCGCUAAUCAUGAUCAGUCAUUCCAGUUUCAACCGAUGAGACACGAAUUGAACAUGAUCAAUCAAAAUCAUCUGCCAUCAGGCAGCAUGCAAUAUAGCUGGUCUAACGAGUUUCAGACACAAUCACCUUCGCCAGUUCUCAAGCAGAAAACACCUGGGAUGUCUCAGAUACCAACUGGCAAUAUUGCUGGUAAUUCCCAAUGGGCGAAUGAGUUUCGGCAAUCUCCAGUUGAGCAACAAAACUUGCAACAACCACAGUUCCACUCGAUUACCGGUGGCAUGAGGUAUGGGGGAAGCUACCGUCCUAUGAUGGGAAUGUCUACGAUGGCUGGAUCUUCGCAGAACCAUACCACUCGUGAGCCUUUGAAUCAGGAGCAGCAAGUUGAUUGGGAUAAUCAAUUCAGGCAGAUUGAGGAACUAACAAACGAAACAAAGGAAGCUGAGGAGGACAUUCAAAAAGCUGAUUCUUCUCCUGAUUUUGUAGUUGAUGACAAAUAUCAAGCGACAUUUCAGGAGGUUUGGGAUAGCUUAAAUUCUGAAGCGAUAGAAAAUGAUUUCAUAAGCCAGCAAUAUGAGGACUUUAAAAAUACAAAGGUUGAUCCUUUGCCAGCUGACUUGUCUCAGUGGGAAAGAGAUUUCGCUAAGUAUGCUCUGACGAGGGCCCAUUUUGGUGACUACCGUUUCGAAGAAAAGGAAAGCAAUCAAUUCUUGGACUUACCGCAGGACCAGGAUCCUUACGAGAUUGGGUUGCAAUUGAUGGAAAACGGAGCCAAACUAUCAGAAGCUGCUUUAGCUUUUGAAGCCGCAAUACAAAAAAAUCAGAAUCAUAUCGACGCAUGGUUAAAAUUGGGAGAAGUUCAGACUCAAAAUGAAAAGGAAAUAGCAGGUAUUUCUGCACUAGAAAAAUGCUUAGAGUUACAUCCCGAGAAUUCUGAAGCUUUAAUGACAUUGGCUAUUUCUUAUAUUAAUGAAGGUUACGAUAAUGCUGCAUUCGCCACUCUAGAAAGAUGGAUUUCUACUAAAUAUCCACAAGUUGCCGACAGAGCUCGAGAACAAAAUCCAGCCAUUGCAGACGAAGAUAGGCUUUCGUUAAACAAGAGAGUUACAGAAUUAUUUAUAAGAGCUGCCCAGUUAUCUCCAAAUCAGGCUAAUAUGGAUCCAGAUGUUCAGAUGGGACUUGGUGUUCUCUUCUAUGCAAAUGAAGAUUUCGACAAGACUAUAGAUUGCUUCAAAGCAGCUUUAUCUAUCAAGCCAGAUGAUGCCGUUCUAUGGAAUAGAUUAGGUGCAUCUUUAGCCAAUUCUAAUCGGUCGGAAGAGGCUGUUAACGCAUACUUCAAAGCCUUGGAGUUAAAGCCGACGUUUGUCAGGGCCAGGUAUAAUUUGGGUGUCUCUUGCAUUAACAUAGGGUGCUACAAGGAAGCUGCUGAGCAUCUUUUAAGUGGCCUUUCAAUGCAUCAGGUCGAAAAUGUCGAUACUUCUGCUUCAAGUACUCUUAAUCAAAAUCAAUCGUCAUCUUUGUUGGAAACACUUAAAAGAGCAUUUAUUGCAAUGGACAGAAGGGAUCUUUUAGAGCUCGUUAAGCCUGGAAUGAGCUUGAAUCAGUUCAGAGACGAGUUCACUUUCUAA